AUGGCCGGCAGUCCAUCAUCCAGCGGCACGGGGGCCCCUCCCCAGGCCGGUGUUCUAGAGGGCGUCAACCCAGUCGCAUACACGCCGGGGAACCCUAUUAUGCUUUUUAUUGUUCAGGCUGUCAUCGUCAUCAUCUUUUGCCAAUUGCUGCACUAUCCCCUCCGGCUGUUGAACCAGCCCCGGGUCAUCGCCGAGGUCAUCGGCGGCAUCCUGUUGGGACCCUCGGUCAUGAUGAGGAUUCCGGGCUUCAAAGCGACCAUUUUCCCCACCGAGUCUAUGCCCGUCUUCAACAAUGUAGCCAACUUGGGCCUCCUCAUCUUCCUUUUCCUUGUCGCCCUGGAGGUCGACAUCCGUCUGUUCACCCAAAAUUGGAAAGCAGCCUUGAGCGUUGGCAUGGCCGGCAUGAUCCUACCUUUUGGUCUGGGGUUUGCCAUCGCCUACGGCCUCUAUCAUCAAUUCGCUGUCGCCGAGACGUCCAUCAGCUUCGGCGUCUUCGGACUGUUCAUUGGCACUGCGCUUGCCAUUACCGCCUUCCCAGUACUUUGCCGCAUUCUCAGCGAGCUGAAUCUGCUCCGCUCUAGUGUGGGUGUCACGGUCCUGGCCGCCGGCAUCGGCAACGAUGUGACGGGCUGGGUGCUCCUUGCGCUCUGUGUCGCCUUGGUCAAUAACAGCAACGGUUUGGCUGCCCUAUGGGCCCUGCUCUGCUGCAUCGGUUGGACCCUGCUGCUGGUGUUUGCCGUCCGACCGCCCUUCAUCUGGAUUCUCCGGCGGACCGGAAGCCUGCAGAAUGGCCCUACACAGGGCAUGGUCGCCUUGACUAUGCUCAUGGUGCUCGCGUCCGCCUGGUUUACCGGAAUAAUCGGUGUCCAUCCCAUCUUUGGCGCCUUCCUGGUCGGCCUCAUCUGCCCGCACGACGGCGGUUUCGCCAUAAAACUGACCGAGAAGAUUGAGGAUCUCAUUUCGGUCUUGUUUUUACCCCUCUAUUUCGCCCUCUCUGGCCUAAACACGAACCUGGGUCUCUUGAACGACGGCAUCACCUGGGGAUAUGUCAUAGCCGUCAUUGUGUGCGCCUUUGUGGGUAAGAUCGCGGGCGGCACUCUCGCCGCCAAGGCAAACAAGCUCCUUUGGCGUGAGAGCUUCACCAUCGGUUGUCUAAUGAGCUGCAAGGGUCUGGUUGAGCUUAUUGUCUUGAACAUCGGUCUUCAAGCGGGGAUUCUCUCGGAAACCACUUUCAGCAUGUUCGUUGUCAUGGCUUUGGUAACAACUGUCGCAACGACGCCGCUUACCAAGGCUUUGUAUCCUCCUUGGUACCAAAAGAAGGUUGAGAAGUGGCGGAGAGGCGAGAUUGACUGGGACGGAAACCCCGUCGACCACUCGGGACCUGGUCAAGGAGAGAAAAAAGCUGUCGAAUCCCAGAUCCGCCGCCUCAUGGUGCAUCUUCGCCUCGACAGUCUUCCAAGUCUCUUCACUUUCAUCACCCUACUCAGCCCAGAAAGCGUUCCCGUCUCAGCACAUCCUGAGGCUGCCGAAGAAUCAUCAAAAGCCAAUGAAGUCCAGAUUAGGAAGAGGCCGCUUGAGGUCCACGGUCUGCGCGUCAUUGAGUUGACUGACCGAACAUCGUCCGUGAUGCAUCUGACUGAGGGCGACGAUUUUUACUCUCUUCGCGACCCCGUCGUCAACGCCUUCCGGACCUUCUCCCAGCUCCACGACGUUGCGGUCUCUGGCCGUGUUGCAGUCGUCCCAGCGGACUCCUACGCCGAGACGCUCAUGACCAAGGCAUCCGAGGUGUCGUCUGACUUUGCGCUCAUCCCUUGGGGCGAAUACGGCAGCGUGUCCGAAGACCAGUCCUUCCCGGUUGCCAUGAGCGCAAGCGAGCGCUUCCGGUCCAGCACGCACCUGGAAUUCAUCAAUCAGACCUUCCAAAAAGCCGCCUUUACCUGCAACGUUGGUAUCUUCAUCGACAAUGGCUUCGGCGGCAUCACUAAGCCCGUCGGCCGGCCGGAGUUGAUCCGCACGAGGAGCGCGCUCUCCAUCCGGAGCCACACUGCUGAACAGGCCGCACUCCCAGUCGCCAAUAAAUCUCACCACAUCUUCCUCCCCUUCUUCGGCGGAGCCGACGACCGCGUCGCCAUGAGGAUUGUCCUCCAGCUCGCGAAAAACCAACAUGUCACGGCGUCGAUCGUGCGCAUCAACUGGCCAGCCGCAAAACCCGAAGAGGGCACCGAGACCAGAACGCCCCCUACCUCUUCGCAUGGCACCGAAACCCCCGAACCCAAGGCAGCUGCCAACGACCCCUUUGCCCGUCAAGAGCAAGAAGACGCGGAUUUCUUCUCUACCAUGCAAGCCUCUCUCCCAGCCGACCUGUCAGCACGCGUCAUGUUCAGCGAGACAGAAAUCUUGUCGGCCGCCUCGGCUCUCACGGAUGUUCUAGUGCUUGCUCAGCAAACGGUCGGCCAGCAGCCCAAGAAUGCGGGCGAUGUGGUUGUGCUGGGGAGGCAGAAUCCCCGCUUUGGAGAUGCGUCUUUCGAGGUCGGAGGGAGCAGUCCCGACCUGAAGAGAACGCUUGGGGCCGUGGCCGAGGUGUUGGUUACGGCGGGGAUCAAGGCGAGUAUUUUGGUCGUGCAGGCUGGAAGCAGGAAUGGGAAGGGCAUGGAUAUAUUUGCUUGA